AAACCACGUUCGACAACGGUUUCGGUCUCCGCAAUGCCGAAAUGAGCUACUCUACCACCCUUUGCUCGGAUCCUUGUGCGCAGCCAUUCAAUCCGUCGGACCAGCUCGGAUUUACCAACUCCCCGACCGCGUAGGGUCAACAGAAUUGUGCCGAUCAGGGAAGUGGGCAUGACAACCGAUACGCGGUUUAUGUCACCAAGGACUCUAUACCCUAGACUUCGUAUGACUUUGAGGCGGACUUCGGGGGCAGCUCUAUCUACGGAUUUUUGACCAAGGUUGGCAUCUCCCGGGCUGAUUUGUUGGGGGGUUAGGCUUACGCCUAUUGCGCCCCCGGCCCCAAUCUUGUCUAUCUGGCUCUCGACAAAGCUGCGCAGACUCCAGGGCUCGUGGAAACGAACGUCUACCCUACCCAUAUUGAGGUUGAGGAACUUGCUACUGUUAAGAAAACCCCAAAGAUUUUCCCUAACUUUUGGGAUUCCUAAUAG